CCCCUCUUUGUGUGCAAUGAAGCUUCAAAGUGGUGUAUAAUUUGGUUCAAGCAGUGAAGUGUACAGAGAAAGGAUGGCAUAUAGUAGUCUGUAUGUUUGUGUGACAGUGUUGUUCUUCAGCACUUUGAUCUCUUCACAGCUCCUUCAGACCUGUCGACUCAUCCGCAGCACCUCAGACCUGCCUGUGCUAACCAGUGAAGGAGACAUCAUGAUCGGCGCCCUCUUUUCUCUACACGACACUGUGCUGGAAUCUCCUCCAUCUUUUACUGCAGAGCCACAUCCUACGCAGUGCUCAGGGUUUAAUUUCCGAACCUUUCGAUGGAUGCAGACAAUGAUUUUUGCCAUAGAGGAGAUCAACAGAGACAAACGACUCCUAGCCAACUUAACUCUGGGUUAUAAGAUUUAUGAUUCAUGCAGUACCCCUUUUCAUGCCCUCCGCACAGCCUUGGCUCUAAUGAAUGGGAAUGAAGGGGGUACAGGCAAACCAGAGUGCCGAGGCCGGGUGCCUGUUGUCAUUGGUGAUGGAGGAUCCACAUUAUCCCUAGUGGUUGCACGCUUUCUGGGUGUUUUUCACGUUCCACAGGUAAGCUAUUUCUCAAGCUGUGCAUGUCUCAGUAAUAAACUAGAGUUUCCUUCAUUUCUGAGGACUAUGCCUAGUGACUUUUUCCAAGUGGAUGCUCUUGCACAGCUAGUGCAACACUUCGGUUGGAGCUGGUUAGGCACAUUUGCAGGGGAUGAUGCUUAUGGCCGUGGUGGGGCUCAAAUUUUUAAUGAUGAAGUGACCAAACUAGGUGCAUGUAUCGCUUUUUAUGAAAUUAUCCCAAAAAACCAUGACCAAACAGAGAUGUCCAGGAUUGUAAAGAGGAUCCGUGAGACGGGAACCCGUGUGGUGCUGGUCUUUGCUCUAGAGCAAGAUGCAAGAGCUCUCUUCUGGGAGGCCCUUCAGCAAAACCUCACCGGUAUUCAAUGGUUGGCCAGCGAGGCCUGGAUCACAGCAGCCGUCCUCUCCACUCCUGAAUUCCACUCCAUCCUUCAGGGCUCCAUGGGCUAUGCCAUCCGCAGGGCUGAUAUACCUCGCCUGCAGCCUUUCCUGCUACGGCUACAUCCCUCCAAAUACCCACAGGACCCAUUUGUUGUGCAGUUUUGGCAGGAGAUGUUUAAGUGCUCUCUAGGCACAAGCACCUCAAUUAGACCCCCCUGUAAUGGCUCUGAAGUACUUGCCAAUACAGGUAACAUCUACUCGGAUGUAUCUCAGCUCAGAAUCUCUUAUAAUGUUUAUAAGGCAGUGUACGCCAUUGCACACGCUCUGGAUUCAAUGCUGCACUGUGAACCUGGCAAAGGACCUUUUGCUGGGGGAUCGUGCCCCAACUCCAGCAGCAUACAGCCAUGGCAGCUCCUGGAUUAUUUAAAGCAUAUCCACUUUACUAAUGACUUUGGUGAGGAGACCAAGUUUGACAGAAAUGGAGAUCCUGUGGCCAUGUAUGAUCUCAUCAACUGGCAGCUCAUUGGCAAUGGAGAGGUGCGGUACGCCACUGUGGGGAGAUUUGAUGAAACGAUGCAGCCUAAACUAGUGAUUGAAGAGAAAAACAUAAUCUGGAAUGGAAACCAGAGACAAGUCCCUAUAUCCGUCUGUAGCACCAGCUGUCCUCCAGGGACUAGAAAAGCUACCAGGCCAAACUUUCCUCUCUGCUGCUUUGAUUGCAUUAUCUGUGCAGCUGGGGAGGUUAGCAAUCAGACAGAUGCCUUAGAGUGUGAAAAGUGCCUCCCUGAGUUCUGGUCCAAUACUAGACGAGACACCUGCAUCCCAAAGCUGGUGGAGUUCCUUUCCUACAACGAUACCAUGGGCAUCACUUUGCUGGCUGUGGCUCUGCUGGGAUCCUGUUUCACACUCGCAGUUGCUCUGAUAUUUGUCCUUAAACGCCACACACCUUUAGUCAAAGCUAACAACUCGGAGCUCAGUUUCCUCAUUCUUAGCUCACUGUGGCUUUGUUUUUUGUGUGCACUAGCAUUUAUUGGGCAGCCCACAUCCUGGUCAUGUGGGCUUCGCCACACUGCAUUUGGUAUUGCAUUCUCCCUCUGUCUGUCCUGCAUCCUUGGAAAGACUAUGGUGGUACUCAUGGCUUUCAGAGCCACACUACCUGGCACUAAUGUCAUGAAAUGGUUCGGCCCUCUACAGCAGCGUGGCAUUAUCUUCUUAUGCACAGCUGUGCAGUUGGUGAUUUGCUGCACAUGGCUGAGUGUGGCACCUCCUGUCCCACGUAAGCUCAUGACUCGUGAAACUGCCCGGAUUAUUCUUUUGUGUGAUGUGGGCUCUCCACUGGCCUUCUCCCUGGUGCUAGGCUACAUCGGCCUGCUUGCAGCUGUCUGCUUCCUGCUGGCCUUCUUUGCUCGAAAGCUCCCAGAUAAUUUCAAUGAGGCUAAAUUCAUUACUUUCAGCAUGCUGAUCUUCUGUGCCGUGUGGAUUGCAUUUGUGCCGGCGUACGUCAGCUCACCGGGGAAGUACACUGUGGCCGUGGAGAUUUUUGCCAUUCUGGCCUCCAGUUAUGGCCUGCUGCUGUGUAUAUUCACCCCAAAAUGUUACAUCAUUCUGCUUAAACCUGAGAAAAAUACAAAGAGAUAUUUGAUGUCCAAAUCUAAUUCAGAAAGGAAAUAUUGAAAUGCUUACUGAUUAAAAGUUUGUGUUCUUGAUUUUCACCAGUUUUAGAUUGCUUUUUGUGGUUUUGUUUCAUAAAAUAAACAAUUGUUAUGUCCUUUAAAUAUGAAUGUUGCACUGUUUAUUACAAUUAAAGCUUAUUUUAUCAAAAUCAAAUUUCACCAGCAUUCAUGAUAAACCUUCCACAUAAAACAUGAUUUAAACAACAGUAUUAAUAUUUGAACCCAAAGUCUAAAUCUUUCCAACCCACGUUUUACCCUGUAGUUGUAAGAUCCUAUCCUUUUUUUUUGUUGUUCUGUCCUCAGUAGUGAAAGAGAACCAUUUUAUUUCCCCUGAGCGUAAAAAGCCAUGUGCCAUAAAACAAAAAAAAAAAAACAAAAAAGCCAUGUGCCAUAAUUUAAAAGAAGUUGGGCAUGUAAUCAUCCAUUCUCUUCCACUCAUUGAACGCUGCAAUAACAACUGCACACUAAUGAUUUCAUCCACUUCAGUCACACGUUUGUAAUAAGGUUGAUCAUAUCUGCUUCAUCUUCAUCAUCAGGGGAAAAGAGAAGUAGACACUCUAGUCCCUAAGGAAAGAUCAUUUCACAACACUGGGAACAUUAUUAAUUUCAUUGGUCCUUCUCAGGAUGCAAUGAUUUUUUAAUUUUUUUUUUUAUUUAUGAUAUUUAGUCCCUUUAUUUGAAAAGAAUACUGAUUAAAUGUUAAGGGAGUAUAAGGAAUUUAUAAGGGAAUGUUGCCUCUCCCAUAGUCAGAGUAGUAAAAAAAAAAAAUAGAGUUUUCUGUUCUUAAACUAUUACAUGCCAUGGUAAAUAUGUGGUUGCCCUGCACACACAC